AUGCAAACAAAUAAAUUGUUUGACCUUAGAACCACCUUUCUGGUGAUCCGUUUGGAUAGGCUUAAUGGCUUGAUACGAAGAACAUGUUUGAUUUACAUGUGGGUCUUAUUAUUCAUUGUAUUUUGUUUCGGAGGUGGGACUUUGAGUGCCAUCAUGGAGACCAUUCGACGGAGAGAAGAAGGCUUUUCAGAAAAAAAUGUAAAUUACGUGGUGGUGCUUUCGUUUCAAUAUAAUCUUUCGAAAAAUCUUACGCCAUCAGUUGGUAAUUCCAAGUGUACCAAUUCCUCUAUGAUUCCGUGUCAAUCGUUGAAAGAAGCCCUGGAGGAUGUCCGUCAAUUCUUGUUGGAUUCGGGAUGGUUAAAUAUAUUUUAUGAACGAGUAGUUGACAUUCAAUUUUCGAUAACGUCGGAUUAUGAAUUUGUUGAUGAUUGUGAUGUUAUAUUGGAUUCAGCAAAGGGUCUUCACUACCGAUUUAAAUUUUUAUCAAAUCAGUUUAAAUGUUUAAAUCGAACACGUUUAUUCUCUGAAGGAGAUGUUUCGCAAAUUUUCUUCCAAAACAUGACAGCUGCCAACAUCGACUUUGUGAAAUACAAUGUGCUGCUAACAAAUACCGUAUUGAAGAAUUGUUUAUUUGACCACAAUGUAGUUUCCACUCCUCUGAAAUUAAGCAUGCCCUCCACAACCAGUUUUCGUCAGGUCACCUUUAACAACUGUACAAUUUCGUUACAGCAAGAAUCUAUUGAAAUGGAGGAUAUUUUAUUUCUUGGUGAAAAUGAUGUUAAUAUUUUCGAUUCAAGAAGCCUUCUUUGUACAAGGUGCACAAUGAAUUCAGGUGCCUUGUUAUUUUUGUCAAGAAAUAGCGAAAGUAUUAUUUUUUCUGAAUGCUACUUUUCAAAUUUCCAAAGCCUCAAAUUUCAAAUGUUAUUCGUCAAGAUUGUUGUGUUCGAUUUGACAAAUGUCCAUGGAUCAAAUCCAAGUUCUGACGCAAUUUUAUAUGUUACAAUGGUUUCUAUAAUGGAGCUGAAAAACUGUAGCUUUACACAUAAUGUUCAACCAUUGCUUUAUGUGAGAGGAUUUUUCGAAGUAAAUCUGCAUAACUGUGUCUUUGAGCACAACAGCAUUGCGAACAGAGAAAUCUCAUACAAUACGGAAUCAUUACGAUCUUUAGUUGUGGUGGAAGGAGGGCAUAAAUUUUAUUCCUGGAACUGCAGUUAUUUUAACAACUCUGGGAUUGACAGAGCUGCCCGUAUUGUUGAUUUGGAUUUUGUUUCGGUGAGAGGUUCCAACUUUGACUCAUUGAGGAAUGGCGCAAUGUCAAUUUCAAGCUUAGUACCAACAGCUCAAAUUGAGAUAAUAGAGACCAACUUCUCAAACAAUGUUGCCUCUGAAUACGGAGGAGCGUUGUUUAUUGAGUAUGCAAACACCGUUAUCUUGCAUAAUUUAAUUUUCACAAAUAAUUCUGCCUCACUUUCAGGAGGAGGAGCCUUUAUUGCCACUGUAAAUAGUCAUGUAUCUUUAUUCCAAACUACAUUUUACAAUAAUAGUGUCACAACAUUGAAGAACAGUAACAAGUAUUUUGAUGGAUGUGGUGGAGCACUUGUUUUGCUUAAUUCAAAACAAACGAUGUACGAAAACCAAUUUAUAGAGAACAAGGCGCAACUGGGCGGUGCUCUUUGUAUCUCCAACAAAGGUCCCUCAAGAAUAGUCAAUUCUCUAUUUAAAAACAAUUUUGCUUACAGAACUGGCGGAGCUGUUUAUCUCACAGGUACUGAUCAUCGUUUUGAUAAAAUUGAAAUGUCAACAUGUUCAUUCAUGGAAAAUAAGGCGUCUAUAUAUGGAGAUGACUAUAUGACCAAUAUGCUUACAUUUAAAUUCCAACAAUCAUCUUAUGAAACCUACCCAGGACAAAGAAUCUUCUUCCCAUUUUCUCCUAUUUUCAACAACACUUCCAUUCCAACUGUAGUAGACAAUUUUCUACCAGUGAUCGAUUCUUUCAAAAUGAGAACCCAUUCACCAUCAAUUGUUGGAAACUUCUUAACCUUUUCCGUCUGUCUCCUUGAAAAUACUAUUUCAAACGUUGGAAGCAACGUCUCAAUUAUAGAUGGAAAUAACCAAAUAGUGGCAACCAAUGCUUUAUUCGUGACGAUACAUGAGUGCCCAAUUGGAAAGAGACUAAGCGAAAUAGCUUCGAACUGCUAUGUCUGUGAACUAGACAUUGGAUUUGUAUUGCUAUUUACCCUUAUUCCUGCAGCUAUCAUCUUUUCGUCUGUUGGAGUUAUUGUAGGACUGCUAUGCCUUGGCUGCACUUUGCACAUUGCUAAAAGAUUGAAGCGUCUGAAAGCAAAAGAAUUGGCUGAAAAAAAAGUGGAACAAAAGAUUAUUGACAAAAAAGUAAUAUUUCAGUUAGGAGAAGAUAGUCCAAGAAGAGAGAGUAUUUCAACUGAAUCAACGUUUAGACGGUCUCUCUCACUCAGAAAACGAUCAAGUAUAAAGGGCAAUGAAGGUGCUGCAUCAUUAGAAAUGCCUUUAGUUGCCCUCAAUUUUUUGGAUGACAAACCUGUUCAUUCCUUUAUCAUUCCCAUUUCUGAGAUUGAAAUCAAAAAGAAAAUUGGAGAGGGAGGAAAUGGAGUUAUUUACUUAGCACGAUGGAACAAUUUAGACGUAGCAAUGAUUUCUCUAAAAACAGAAAAUAUUGAGGACAGUUCAGAUGAAUUCGAGAGCGGAGUAGCUGUAUUGGCCAGCUUGAGACAUCCAAAUAUUGUUUCAUUUUUUGGAAUUGUUGUCACUGACUCUAGCAAGUACAUGAUUACAGAAUAUUUAGAAAAUGGCUCAUUGGAUAGACUAAUUUAUAAAUGUAAAACAGGGAAAAUAACCAUAUCUUUUGCAAAGAAGUUGGAAAUUCUGAUUGAUAUAGCAUCUGGAAUGAAUUAUUUGCAUUCCUUAAAUCCGGCAAUAGUGCAUAGAGACUUGAAACCAGCAAAUGUGCUUCUUACCACAGAUUUACGUUGCAAAGUUUGUGACUUUGGAUUAUCUAAAAUUAUUGACAAUAACUCGAACACAAUGACCAAAAACAUUGGAACUCUAUUUUACAUGGCUCCAGAGACAAUAGCAGAUGAAGGUGAAUAUCCAUCCAAUCACCACAACAUUGACAUAUCAAGCGCUAGUUCAAAAGCCAUACGAGCACCAAAAAUCGACAUUUACAGUUUCGGAAUCAUCAUGUGGGAAUUAUUCUUUGAAGUUACUCCUUACAGCGUGAACAAAAAGUUAGGAAAUGCAACUAGCUCAAUAUCACCCUUAAAUGUUCUCACUCAUGUUGUGAAAGGUACAAGACCCUCCAUACCCUUUCAAAAUGAAGAAACCCUGUUGCAAUGGUUAAAAGAUUAUCCUAUCCAACAUGACACAAUGUCACCACAAACAUUCACUACAACAAUUUUAGAUUAUUUCAAACUCAUGAAACAUUGUUGGGAUGGAGAUCCACUCCGAAGACCUUCUUUUUCAAGUAUCAUGAACAAACUCAAGACAAUCCAUCAAACCAUAUUAGGUCAAUGA